AUGAAUCCAAUUACUCGCAAGCCGGGGAUUGAAAUCCUGAGUUUUAUCUUCUACUUCUUCGCCAUAUCGGACGACCCCAAACGAAUGUAUGAGCCCUGGCUCGACUGCUUCACUGAAGAUGCCGAAGUCACCAUGGGCAAGAAGGUUGCGAGAGGCCGGGAAGAGCUACGGGAGCUGAGACGCGGCAUGUGGAAGGAUGUAAGGUCAAGAAAGCACCACGAUUUCAGCAACUUCUACGCCGCUGCUUCUGAUGCAUUUACAAAGUUCAAAAGGGAACAAGGAGAGGACGAGGUUGAGGUCAUGUUCAGCGGAAAGGUUACUUUGGAGGUGGUCUCUGGCGAAGGGCCUGAAACCGAGCAAAAGGUGGUGGAUUGGGCGGCGCAGGGCACGUUGGUUCGACAAGACUGGGAAAGCGAGUCUGGAGGAGCCGAGAAGUGGAAGUGGGCGAGGUAUAGAGUUUGGCUGCAGAGUUGA